AAUUUUGAUGAUAAUGUGCUGAAACGCUAGAUUGACUUCGAUCUCAAAUCUCAAUAUUAUUUUUUCGUAAAUAUAUUUCAGAGGACGAAGUACUUCGGGUUAUUGAAAAAAAUAUAUAUAUUAUUGAAAUUUUAAUAAAUACCGCUGUAUAUACUAUCAGAGUAAAUCCAGAGCUACAUAUAUUAUAUAAACAUUUUAUAAAAUGGCAUCAGGAACGGCUACAGGUACAUCAGCAGGUGGCUCCGGGAGUGACUGCGAAGGGGAGGAGCCCGAAGACCCCUCCUCCUCCCUGCAUGAACAGGUCCAGGAUAUAGCCAGUACCCUUACCAACUUGAAUGUACAGGAUAAUGCUCAGGAUAGCGGCGUGGAUGAGUUGUCGGCUUUCCGUCAGCAAUGGCAGCGGGAGCUGGAGUCCACGACUACCCCGCAGAGGGAGCUCCGCCCCGCCAGCCAGAAGCCGGCUGUGGCUGACCAGGAACAGGAGCCAUUGACUGAUGAGGACAAGGCCAAACAGCUGUUCUUGAACGCCGUGGAGCUGGAGCGCGGCGGCAAGCUGUACGAGGCCAUCCAGCAGUACAAGCGCGCCAUGCAGAUCCUGCCAGACGUCGAGACACGACUCUACGACGAGCUGAGGACUGAUACUCCCGAAGGAGAAGAAUCUGAGACAGAGGAAGUAGCUCGCGUAGACAACGCACACCCCAGUGAUGACGAAGACGCCGUGGAAGGCGAGGACCUGCUGGCGCGCCUGCAGCGGAUCGUCGCCAGGAAGGGCGUGCUGUGCGAGCAGGAACACCCCGCCAAGGGCGCGCACGUGUCGUGGCUGCCGUACGAGGUGGUGCAGGUGGUGCUGCGCUGGGUGGUGAGCGCGGAGCUGGACGCGGGCUCGCUGGAGCGCGCCGCCGCCGUGUGCCGCGGCCUGUACGUGGCCGCCCGCGAGCCCGACAUCUGGCGCUCGCUCUGUGUCAAGACUUGGGGCAUCGACUGCGGUACGCCCCGGACAAGCGGCUUCAGCUCGUGGCGACAGAUGUACGUGGAGCGGCCGCGGCUGCAGCUGCACGGCGUCUACAUCAGCAAGACCACAUACAUCCGACACGGAGAGAACAGCUUUCAGGACCAGUUCUACAGACCCUGGUACCUCAUAGACUACUAUAGAUACCUCAGAUUUUUCCCGGAUGGCCUGGUGCUGAUGUACACGACGGCGGAGGAACCCGCAGUGAGCGUGGGUCACCUGAAGUACCGUCUCGCUAAGCCCGGACUCGGCAUCAUGACCGGACAUUACCGGCUUAUCGGUGAUAAGGUGGUGAUAAUGAUAAAGAAAACAAACCAGGAUAAGAAGCAGAGCCUGGCCAGCAACACGCGCUUCCGUCCGCGACGCAAGGAGGUCGAGCAGCCGCAGGAACAGACCUUCCACAUGGAGCUAGAGCUCCGCAGCGUCCGCUCGCGCCGCAACGCGCAGCUCGUGUGGCGGCGCUACAGCGUGUGCUCGCGCCGCGACCAGUGGACGCACUUCGACCUGUCGCCCGGCAAGUUCCCGCCCUUCGCCUUCUCGCGCGUCAGGAACUUCACCGCCGAGUCGCACGCGCCGCUGCUCACCACGCACGCCUACACCUAGCCGGAAUUAAAUGCUGACGGGCUGCAGUCCAGUGACUCGGAGUGAAGUGAGUGACACUAUCUACACAUAUGUAGCUAGUUAUGUAUAAGACGGUCGGACGGUUAUACAACUGUUUUCAUACUGAUUCUAUUAUACACUAAACUUUUAUUUCGAUAACUAAUGUGUUCGAGUGAUUUAUAACAGGUCUUCUUGGUUGACUGGAUUGUUGUCAUAUUUUUUUUAUUCCGUGUGGCAACAUUUACUUUUCAAAAUUUACAACGCUGUAAUCUUUGACUGGUAAAAAAAAUAUAGUUCAAAUAAAAAAACUUGUGUACAAUAUAAUCAGUAGGAACAUUUGUAUUGUAAUGUAAGUUAAAUUCUAAUGUCAAGUACAGUUGUGAUGGUUAUAAGUAUAGAGCAAUGCUUGUGAAGUGUUGUGAGUUAGUCAGUCUUGUCAUGCGUCAUAAUAAACAUACAGAUAGACACUUGGACUAGGUCUGAGAGACCUUUAACCUUAAAGUAGCAACUUAGAGUAGAUAAAGUAGCAUGCAAGUGGUCGACUACCAUUACUUUAAAGGAGAACUUUCGAUGUUGUGAAAGAGAGACGCCGCUAUAUGUUCUGUAUUGUUAUCUCGCUCCCACAACAGGCAGUUGGAGGCCACUAUAUAUAUGUAACAAGUGAAAGUGAAGAACAAUUGAAUGAUGCGCUGGCUCUGCCUAUGCGAAUAUGUUGACUAAUAUUAACAAAACACGAACGUUUUUCGUGUUUAACAUAUUUAUAACCAGAUGUAACGUUUUGAUUGUUAUUAUCCUGCUGCUAAACAAAAUACUUUGUAUAACGUGUAACAAAAAUGUCCGGGCAUUUUUAAUAGCGUUCCUGUGAAUGACAAUCUUUAAUUUACUUAAUAGUCGAUUUGCAACAAACAUUACAAUACAAAAUUGUUGACAGAUUCCUGUUUUGAUUAAACUUAUUAAUAUCUCUCAUCAGGAGCAUUAUUACAAAAAUGCCCGGGCAUUUUCGUUAUGCGUUGCAUAAUUAUAGCAUUACUUAUCUACAUAACAUAAAAAAGAAAUGUAUUUUUAUAAGUCGAUGUCACAUGUUCCUUAUUUAUAUACAAACAUAGCUAAAUAGACUUACUCGAGUAAUAACCGUAUUUAUGUAUGUCAAAUAUACACUUCUAAGGCAAUAUAGUUAAGUACUGCUUGGUCCAUUUUUAUUCAGUGGUUAUAGCUUCAAUACCGCUUUCAGAACACCUACCACGUGUUCUUCACAGGCAGGGAACCAAUCCUCAAAGAAGGUUGUAUACCGAACCACCCGAAAAUCAGACAAGUGCAAGUCUGAUUUCGAAUUUGAAUGACACAACUUUGAUAACUUAUUUCCUUUUUUUUCUAAGCAUCAGGCCAAAAUGAUGGGGAUUAGGAAUGCAUGUCGUUUGACUUGUCGCUCUUGUCGAAUGUGAAUGUAUGACGUUACAAAUAAAUAAGGGGUGGGCGGAUGGUGGGCCCAUCCGCGCCUAGCUCUUAAAGCAAUGCUUAUUUCGACUUGUGGUUAUGGUUUAAGUUAUUUUAUCGCGGCUCUAUGCCGAUUCUAGCUUCAAUAAUCAAAAUAUAAUUUAAAUGCUUCUACAUUUAAAUACGGACUAAGAUUGUGGUAGGUUAGGUAGUCCAUGAAAAUAGAUAUAUUUUUUCAAGAAAACCAGUCAAUUUUAAUAAACAAAUGUUCACUACUCAGAUGUGAGAGUUGAUUUUUCGGAUUAUUUCUUUUGAAGUUCCUAUAUUUUCAAGCACAAAUAUAAGCAAGAAGCUUUGCCUGUAUAGAAGCGGUAUUUUAAGCAACCUUUGUUUUAAUACUUUGUAUAAGGUAUAUCUAACAAUAAAGACAUAUGUAUACUGUAGCUACCUGUAUUGUAAACUAAUCAUAUUUAUACGUGUAACCUACUCUUUAUUUUCUCUGUAACACUAUCAAUUUAAUAAGGGAAAGUUGAAGUUUAGUUUUGGACGCCAUUUUCUAUAAAAAUAAAUACAUUUAUUUUGUUUUAGGAAUGAAAAGUUUCGUAAAGAAAAUUCAGAGUUCGUAUAAUCGAAAUAAUUUUGCGUCUUCGCUUUCUAUGCGAUCAUUUUAUAAGAUAAUUAUAAUAUAGUAUAUAAUAAUAUUUAGAAAAAUAGCCAGCAAUAAAUAUAGUGCUAAAGCUUUUGCUUUUUGCAUAGAAAAAAUAAACUUUCGUCUUCUAUCUUGCCUUAUUAAUUACUAUUUAUGCGUGUAUUAAAUAAGUCUAUUUAUCAAAAGUAUCGCUGGUGACUCUGACGUUUCUCUAUGGAGCAUGAUUUUAUUGUCUAUGCAACUAAGCACGAAUGUUGUGAUUUCGAAUUAGGCUAAGUAUUUUAAGAACUAAAUGUACCCAGUGUUCACAUGAUUCUUUAUAUGUAUCUCAAGCUUAAUACGGGAUACUCCUGACGCCAGUUUAUUCCAAAUUGUUGAACUACAUAAAUAUAAAGAUCCGUCGCAAUUUUGGAAGUAAGACACAACGCAUUUAGUUUAACGCUGUCUUGCUUCCACAAUAGUAACGGUGAGGUUUGACAACUCAUUGUAUAUGCGCUUAUACUUACGUACCGCAACAAACAGUUUUUACCCACUAUAGUAUGUCUAUUCGACAGACAGCGCCAUCUCUUUAACACAAACGGAACUUAGAUAGAUCAAGUUUCCAGCAUGGUACAAAAACAUUAUAAACUACAAAUUUUUAACUAUUUCUUUUAUUAUUUUUUAAUACAUAAUGAAUUACUAGUGCCAGGAGCACGCCCUCUAUUGUAAUAUAUUUCUGAACUCAACAUACGGCGUCUUCAUGUAACUGAUGAAGUACAAAUGUAUCUUUUAUGAUUAUCGAGUAACUGUACCGAGCUUGGUGUAGGCGAACACAGACGUUAUACAGGUUGCAAGGCAAGUCAAGGAUCGUUUAAUCAAUUUUCCAGGAAUCAUAUUCGUUUUUGGAUUGUACAGCGACAUCUAUGUGGUACAUAGGUAAUUAAGAAUACACAUGACAGUUGAUCGUUUGGUCAUACAAGUUUUGUCGCUAGCAAUCUUUAUACAAAAUUCGGAGGAUGGUACAGGGUAAUGAAACCCAUUUUAAAAUGGCUGAACUGAAUGUGUAAAGCUUAGUCCAAAAUUCCAUGUAAAAGAAAUUAUUAUUAUCAUGUACUGACCUUGGUAUCGCAUUUUCUAUUAUAUUGUCCACUCUUGAACAACUAUCUCGUAUUCAUCGUACUCUUUGAGUGCCAAAUAUAAUCAACAGACAAUGUCUUACGCUUGCCUUGCAGCCGUUUCUAGUAUACUUUCCUUUUUUACAUAAUCCCUUGUAUAUUACCUUUAUAUAGGGGUGUAUUAUGAUGUUUUAAAAACAUUGUUGAUUCAUCUCACAGGUUAGAAAUUAUACAAUUUAUGCUCGUACCAACUUAUUUAUUGAAUUGAACAUUACAUUAAGACAUCAGAAUACACUCCUGUUUCACUAGCCCAGCUGUUUCGCUUAAUUUAUUCCUAAGUACACAGUCUUAAAGACUAUUUUCCCCUGUCCGUGGGAGAUCAGACAGGGGAAACCUUAACGGUAACUAAUUGAUUUGAGUAGUGCUUUGUAACUAGUCUGAUCUCGAAACGAGGUAAUAAAGAUAUUGAUUGCAA